UCCACACCAGAAGUCAGAAAGUCAAAUUUCACCAAGGGGACAGAAGAGGGAAGGGGAACUAUCCGGUAAUUCUGAGUGUUCCUGACAAACUUCACAGUAAAUACGUGAAAUUAGAUUUUCUUAAAUGCGGAACGUUUCUCUUUGAUGUAAUUUUGUCCUAUAAAAAGGGGGUUAAUUGGACUUGAGGACUUGUUGGCUCCUUUCUCCGGCUUUUCCAGCGCAGCCUUUUUUUGCGCACCUGAGUCCGCCUCUCAACAUGACUUUUACGCAUCUGAGCUGCUGAACUAUCGUGGUGACAUUACUUACUGGUGACAUGCCUGCCGUGGUGAGCCUCAAAUGCGAGAUAUUUCUCUGUGGAAUUACCACCGGAGUCCAGGUGUCAUCAGGGAGAGCUGAUGUGGCCGUUUGGAGGAGCGCACCAGUUUGAUGUCAGCUGGGAUUUGACAGAGCGCAGGAGUUUGGGAUGCAAGAGAAACCUUAGAGAGACAAUUCCCGGCUACUUUUACCUGGAUUCAACACGGGCUGCCCGGAGCCAUGGCCUCUGAGGUGGUGUGCGGGCUGGUUUUUAGGUUACUGCUGCCUAUGUGUCUUGCAGCUGCUUGCCUGUUCAGGUACAAUGCCCUGUCCUUCGUCUACCUCAUCUAUCUCCUGCUUAUCCCACUCUUUGCAGAGCCCACAAGCACAACAAUGCAGGGCCACACAGGGCGUCUGCUGCAGUCCCUCUGCUUCACCAGUAUGUCCUUCCUGCUGCUCCACAUCAUCUAUCAGAUUACCGUCAACAGCCUUCUGGCCGGGAACUCCAUCGCCUCUGACUUCAACUGUUCCACGUGGGAGAAAUCCAUAAGACAAAUUGGCUUUGAGAGUGUGAUUGGUGCAGAUGCAGGAAACGGCAUUCGAGUGUUCAUCCCUGACAUCGGCAUGUUUGUGGCUGGCUUGGCCAUCUGGCUGCUGUGUCGCAGUCUGGUCCAGAAGAGGCCGCCUGAGGACAUGGCCCAAUACAACGCCGACUUUGAAGCAGAAGAACAAGAAGAAGAGGAGAAGCUGAGCCUGGACGACAACAUCCUGCUCGAGGAGGACUUUGAAGCAGGGUAUGAGGCAGAGGAGGAUGAAGAGGAGGAGGAGCUGUAUGAGGAGGAAGAGGAGGAGGAGGAAGAGGAAGAGGAGAAGGAGAGCACCAAGAUGAAGAUCCUGCGGUUUGUGGCGCAAGUUGCGUCCAAAGUGAAGGAGAUAAUUGGGAACUUGAUCACCACUGCAGGGAAGGUGGUGGUCACCAUCUUGUUGGGCAUGACAGGUGUCAUGCUGCCCUCACUGACCUCGGCUGUCUACUUCUUCAUCUUCCUGUUCCUCUGCACCUGGUGGUCCCUCUGUCGGACCUUCGACACUCUCAUCUUCAGCUGCAUGUGCGUCCUGAUGGCCAUCUUUAGCGCUGGACACCUCAUUGUCCUCUACCUCUACCAGUUCCAGUUCUUCCAGGAGGCCAUCCCACCAGGCGACAGCUACAUCAGUUUUUUUGGCAUCUCCCCCAUUGUUCAGAGCAACUGCUCCUACACAUGGAAGCUCAUCGUGCACCCGGACCGUGAGUGGUAUCACUUUGUCAGUCCCAUCAUGCUGCUGAUUCUCUACUACACCCUGGCCACGCUCAUCCGCCUCUGGCUGCAAGAACCCAUCGACCAGUUGACGGACGACAAGGACGGCGAUAUGUGUGAGGAAGAAGAUCUGGAUGGAAACAGAACAAAUAACUCGGCCAACAGGAAGAGGCAGCUGUGGUGGUCACGCCAGGGCACAGAUGAGAAAAACGCUCUGCCCACUUCAAAUGGGACGUCCUUUGACUUUGUCGCGACUGAGAAUGGACCAGUCUGCCUGGAUUUGUACUCCACCCCCCAGUAUAAAAUGGAUCAGCCCAAUGACGGUACAGGGAAGAAGGAGGAGUGUGUGUAUGAAGUGUGUUUGCCUCCGGAGGAUUCAGCGUUGGAGGGAGGAGAGGAGAAGUCUGAGGAAGGAGAGGAUGGGAUAAAGGAAAGAGGAGUCAGUGCAAUGGUCAAAAUCUUCCACUUCGUCAUGAAACAGAGCUACAUCUGUGCUCUCAUAGCCAUGAUGGCGUGGAGCAUCACAUACGUCAGCUGGCUGACGUUUGUCUUCCUCAUCUGGUCUUGCAUGCUGUGGAUGGUGAGGGAUCGACGGAGAUACGCCAUGCUGUCUUCGCCCUUCAUGGUGGCCUACGGCAACCUGCUGAUAGUUCUGCAGUACAUUUACAGUUUUGAGAACCUAGACCCAGUCCCUGGUUUCUUCGUCAAGAAGAAAAACCCUUUCCACUCACUUUCAUCCAAGGUCCUGUGUCUGCUGAGCUUCUGGCUGCUGCUGAGACAAACGCUUACAGAGAAACGGGAAAAACAAAAGGAAGACAGUGCUGGUCUCUCAGACGUCCAUGUGGAAGAUCAGAAGAAGAAGGAGAAAGAGGACUCUGAGGAGGGAGGAGAGCAGGACAUCAUGCAUGUUCUGGGCAACAUGGUCAUGGCUCUGCUGGUCAAAUACUGGAUUUACAUCUGUGGUGGCAUGUUCUUCAUCGUCAGCUUCGAGGGAACCAUCGUCAUGUACAAGAUCAUCUACAUGAUGAUGUUCCUCUCCUGUGUGGCGCUUUAUCAGGUGCACUAUGAGUGGUGGCGAAGGAUCCUGAAGUACUUCUGGAUGUCGGUGGUGGUGUAUACCAUGCUGGUCCUCACCCUGGUCUACACCUUCCAGUUUGAUCGCUCAUUGUCCUUCUGGUGCAACAUGUUGGGAAUGAGAAAAGAUGAUUGCAAAGAGCGCUUGGCGGAUCUGGGUCUGGAGAAGUUUGAUGUCCCCAAGCUGUUCACCAGGAUUUUCAUUCCUACCUCCUUCCUGCUGGUGUGUAUUCUCCACCUGCACUACUUCCAUGACCGCUUCCUCCAGCUCACUGACCUCCAGGCUGUAGUGGCCAAAGAGGAAAGCACUAUCUACAGACUGGUGCACCAGGAUGACAGCCUGGCAGACCUCACCAUGCUCAGCGCCAGCUCGGUGGACGCAACGCUGCAGAGAGAGGAACAGGAGCCGCAGGAGGAGCAGGAAGAGCAGGGGGAGUGGGGGGUGGAGAAGGAGAAGGAGAAGGAGCAGGAGCAGACCCUGGUGGUGGUGAUGUCUGACACUGAGAUGACUGAGGAGAAGCCCAGGAGCCUGUCUGACCAGCGGCAGUCCAGUACAGACGAGAGCCACCACUGCAGCGCAGGGACCGAGCCAGAACCGAGCACCGAGCAGAGCUCAGAUCUGAAGAAUAAGUGGCACCUGGUGGUCGACCGUCUGACCGUGCUCUUCCUCAAGUUCCUGGAGUACUUCCACAAACUGCAGCUGUUCGUCUGGUGGUUACUGGAGAUCCACAUCAUCAAGAUCGUGUCUUGCUACAUCGUCCUGGUCUCUGUCAAAGAGGUGUCUUUGUUCAACUAUGUCUUCCUGGCAUCCUGGGCCUUUGCAUUGCCCUACAGCCAGUAUCGGCCCCUUGCCUCCAGUGUUUGCACUGUCUGGACAUGUGUCAUCAUCGUAUGCAAAAUGUUGUACCAGCUGAAGUCUAUAAACCCACCGUCCUACUCCAAAAACUGCACUGUGCCAGGAGGCUACCCAAAGGACCAGGAGACCGAACUGAAGGAUAAAUCUCUGUUGUAUAAGGAACUAGUGGAUCCAGCCAACUGGGUGGGCCUGGAUAAGUCUGGUGACCUGCUGGGCUACCUCAGGAACAACCUCUUGAUGCUGGGUCUGUUAGCAUUCGAGGUGACCAUCUACCGCCAUCAGGAAUACUUCAGACUGAGGAACAAAUUGUCGCCUCCUGCUGCCAGGAUUAUCUUCCAUGAUAUCACACGACAGCAUCUGGACAUCGGCAUCAUCUGCUUCAUCAAAUACUUCAUCAACUACUUCUUCUACAAAUUUGGACUUGAGACGUGCCUGCUGCUGGUGGUCAAUGUUAUUGGGCAGCGUAUGGACUUCUACGCCAUGCUUCACGCCUUCGCCUUGAUUGCAGUCAUGUAUAGACGCAGGAGGAAAGCCAUCGCUGAGAUCUGGCCCAAGUACUGCUUUUUCCUGGCUUGCAUGCUGACUUUCCAGUACUUUAUCUGCAUCGGGAUCCCACCAGCAGCCUGCAAAGACUAUCCCUGGAGGUUUCCCAACUCUACUACAGACUCCAAUGUGGUCAAGUGGCUCUAUGUUCCAGAUUUCCUCACCCAACCCAAUCCUUCAUUUCUCAUCUAUGAUUUCAUGUUGCUGCUGUGUGCCUCUCUUCAGAGGCAGGUCUUUGAUGAUGAGAACAAGGCAGCAGUCCGUCUCAUGGCUGGAGACAAUGUGGAGAUCUGCAGAGACCUGGACGCAGCCUCUUUUAGCGUCCACAACCCCGUCCCUGACUUCAUCCACUGCAGAUCCUACCUGGACAUGCUGAAGGUCAUCAUGUUUAGCUACCUGUUUUGGUUUGUCCUCACCAUCAUCUUCAUCACGGGGACCACGCGCAUCAGUGUUUUCUGCAUGGGCUACCUGGUGGCCUGCUUCUACUUCCUGCUCUUUGGAGGCGAGCUGUUGCUCAAACCAAUCAAAAAGAUCCUCCACUACUGGGACUUCCUGAUCGCCUACAACAUUUUUGUGAUCACCAUGAAGAACAUUUUGUCUAUCCUGGCUUGUGGCUACAUCAACUCUCUGAUUGAGAACCGGUGCUGGUUGAUCCAGUUGUUCAGUCUGGCCUGCACCAUCAAGGAAUACAACAUCAACAUCAGCAAAGCAAACGACAAGCUGUGUGAUCUGCCCAGCAAUGAGGCAGGGAUCAUCUGGGACAGUAUCUGCUUCGCCUUCCUGCUGCUGCAGAGACGAGUCUUCAUGAGCUACUACUUCCUUCAUGUGGUGGCUGAUAUCAGAGCAUCACAGAUCCUUGCUUGCAGAGGGGCGGAGCUUUUCCAGGCCACGAUAGUGAAGGCAGUGAGAGCCAGACUGGAGGAAGAGCGCAAAUCUGUGGAGCAGCUGAAGAGACAGAUGGAGCGCAUUAAGGUGAGACAGCAAAAGUUUAAGAGGGGCAAGGAGAAGAUGCUGAGCAUGGCACAGGAGUCUGGAGAAGGACAGACCCUCGUCCACCCCGAGGAGGAUGAUGAUGAUGGAGCACAUCGAACGAAAGCCAAGACCAAAAAAAAGCAGUGGUGGAGGCCGUGGGUUGACCAUGCUUCCAUGGUUAGAAGUGGAGACUAUUACUUGUUUGAAACUGACAGUGAGGAGGAAGAGGAAGAGGAGGAGAAAAAAGAAGAGGACCAACCAAAGAAAUCAGCUUUUCAGUUCCUUUAUCACGCCUGGAUCACAGACCCCAAAGCUGCCCUGAGGGCACGAGGCAAAGAGAAACGCAAAUUCUGGAAAAAAUACACCAAAGGAGUCAGACACAGGAAAAGCAAGAAAGAAGCAGGUCAUGUGACCAUAGACCUUGGCGAGCUCUCAGAUGGGCAAGAUAAAGGAGAGGAGAACAAGAAGUCUGAGGGUCCAGACAACAUCAUCAAGCGAGUGUUCAACAUCAUAAAGUUCACAUGGGUGCUCUUCCAGACGACGGUAGACAGCUUCACCAAGUGGAUGAAUGACAUGUGCAGGGAGUACAUCGACAUCUCCACUGUUCUGCGUAUAGAGCGCUGCAUGCUGACCAGAGAGGUCAAAAAGGGUAACGUGCCGUCCAAAGAGAGCAUCCACAUCUACUACCAGAAGGCCAUGAGGCUCAACAUGUCCAGGCAGGCCAGUAUGGAUCAGAUAAGUGAGGACGAGUCAGGCUCAGGCUCCACCAGGGUCCGAAGAAGGCGAGCCUACCCCAUGGAGAGCCAAGACUCCACAGCCUCCAGAGACAGCAUAUCCAGUGCCUUCACCGAGGCUACUACUCUGUUUUCUCGCCAAUCCACCCUGGAAGACCUGGAUGGAAUGCCAGAGUGCAUUCCCAAAACCAGCGAGCGUGCCAGGCCCAAGCUGCGUAAGAUGUCCGGCCUGGACAUGUCUAAUUCAUCAAUGGACAGCUGCAGCAGCUUCAUGUCCAGUGAAGCGACCCAGUGCAUCACGCUGUACUCCAGACAGGGCACCACAGACACCAUAGAAGAAGUGGAAGAUGAACACGAUCAAGGGGAAGAUAAGCAGCAGCAGCAGCAGCAGCAACAGCAGCAGCAGGUUCUCUGGGAAUCCCAACAGCUGGAUGAGAGUGAGGGGGCUGAGGGCGGUCCAUGGAGUGACAGAGAACCCAAUGUGAAAGAGGAGGAGGAGGAUGUGGAGGAAGGUGGGAGUGAGGGUGAGGGCCAGAAGGAACUGGAGGGUGAGGAGGGAAUAGAGGUACCAAAGGACCAGGAGAGAGAAGACAGAGAAGAGGCUCCCUGGGACUCCUUUGGCCCAGAUGAGGGCCCCUCCCUCAGGCUGGAAGAGACAGAUUUUGCCCCCUCUGCCCAGGAAAAGGACUUCACCACUGAGAGUGAGGAUGGGGGAGGACAGCAGGACUUCAUGCAGACAGAGGGGCGAGUAGGGCUGCUCUACACCCCUGAUACAGAUGCUUCUAAAACAUCUGAUGCUGACGUGCCUCCCAGCUACAGCAAGGCAGUCAGCUUCGACCGUCUGGAAGUUAGUGAUGACGAGAGUGACAUGGAUAGGAAGAGACGCAUGAUUAUGACCUCUGACAGCCGCUCAGACAGCAGGUCAGACAUCAUGUUGCCCUCUAUGACCACUGAGCUGACCGCCAGUGAACUGCUGCUCAACAAGAUGUUUUAUGACGAGGAGCUGGAGCAGUCAGAUAAGUUUUACCAAAAGCAGCCUCUGAUCCUCCAGCUCUGCUAUGCCCUCUACAACAUGCUGGUGGCCCACUCAGAGAUGGUGUGCUACCUGGUCAUCAUCAUCAACCACAUGGUGUCAGCGUCCUGCGCCACCCUGGUCCUCCCCACCACCAUCUUCCUUUGGGCCAUGCUGUCAGUUCCCCGGCCCAGCAAGCGCUACUGGAUGACUGCCAUCGUUUACACUGAGGUCACCAUCGUCAUCAAGUACUUCUUCCAGUUUGGCUUCUUCCCCUUCAACCAGAACAUUAUGGAAAAGAAUAAACCAUAUCACCCUCCCAACAUCAUUGGAGUGGAGAAGAAGGAUGGUUACGUCCACUACGACCUGGUCCAGUUACUGGCUCUCUUCUUCCACAGAUCCAUUCUGAAGUGCCAUGGGCUAUGGGAUGAGGACGACACCAAAGAAAAGAAAGAGCCCUCUCGUCAAAGUGAGUCAGAGGACGAGGGGAAAGACAAGGAGGGGAGUGAGAAGGGGUCUGAACACGCUUCCUCUCUGAUCAGCGAGGGGAGAGGUUCCACUCACACCUUGAGAUCCCUAAACUUUGGGACCUCCAUUGAUUCAGGACAUAUCCAGGUGCACUACCCGCAACAGCAGACCUAUCAGCGGCGCAAGAGCUCCAGCGGAGGCUCGCACAUUUCUCACCGAUCUCUCCACUCUUCUGCAAGGUCUAAGAGAGGAAGUACCACUUCCCACAUCAGCAGCCACAAGGAUGGCAGCGAGGCCAGCGUCCAUCAGAAGACCCGCAAACAGAUGAUCAUGGAGAAACUGAGGGAGCAGCUCCUCAAAGGAAAAGCUUUCAUCAUUAAGCGGUUCAUGGAGAUCUACCUUCCUAUGAGGCAGUUCUUCUAUAACUUGAUCCAUCCAGAGUACAGUGCAGUCACAGACGUCUAUGUCCUGAUGUUCCUUGCUGACACAGUCGACUUCAUCAUUAUUGUCUUUGGAUUCUGGGCAUUUGGUAAACAUUCAGCUGCAGACAUCACGUCGUCCCUGUCGGAGGAUCAGGUGCCGGGACCUUUCCUGGUCAUGGUACUGAUCCAGUUUGGGACCAUGGUGGUGGACCGUGCCCUCUACCUCAGAAAGUCCGUCAUGGGCAAAGUCAUCUUCCAGGUCAUCCUGGUCUUUGGCAUCCACUUCUGGAUGUUCUUUAUCCUGCCAGGAGUCACAGAUAAGCGUUUCAGCGAAAACACAGUGGCUCAGAUGUGGUAUUUUGUCAAGUGCAUCUACUUCGGGCUGUCAGCCUAUCAGAUCCGCUGUGGUUAUCCCACCCGUGUUUUGGGAAACUUCCUCACCAAGAGCUAUAAUUAUGUCAACCUCUUCCUGUUUCAAGGAUUCCGUCUGGUGCCGUUCUUGACGGAGCUGCGGGCUGUGAUGGACUGGGUUUGGACCGACACCUCGCUGUCUCUGUCCAGCUGGAUCUGUGUGGAGGACAUCUAUGCUCACAUCUUCAUCCUCAAAUGCUGGAGAGAGUCUGAAAAGAGGUAUCCCCAGCCGCGAGGCCAGAAGAAGAAGAAGGUGGUGAAGUACGGGAUGGGAGGGAUGAUUGUAAUGCUACUGAUCUGUAUCGUCUGGUUCCCGCUGCUCUUCAUGUCCCUUGUGAAGUCUGUCGCUGGAGUUGUCAACACGCCGCUGGACGUGUCGUUUGAAAUAACCCUGGCUGGCUUUCAGCCCAUCUUCACCAUGAGCGCUCAGCAAAAACAACUGCAUAAUGUCUCAACAGCACAAUAUGCAGCCUUUAUGGAUUUAUACAGGAAAGACGAUGAAGCCUUGCAGUGGCUGGAGGGCUACUUAGCACCAGACCUGAUCAUUGCUGAGCUGAAAGGCAGUUCCAACUCUCUGUGGACCAUCAGUCCGCCCAGCAGAAACAACCUGAUAGAGAUGUUGGGCACUGACGAGGAGUUCCCCAUCACGGUGGCCUGGUCUGUGCAAAGAAACCUCACUUUUGGUGCCAAGGCUGAGGUAGCGUCAGGAAAACGAGUGACAAAUCUAGAUGUAAGCACAAAGAAGGAUCUCAUAGCGCUCCUAAAAGGGCAUGUUAACAAGUCAGUGAUCCUAAGAGAGAUCUUCCCUCGUUAUAUUCGAGCCCCCAGUGACUCGGAGGCCAAGUCUGUUGAUCAGCUUUAUAAAGAUGAAAAGCUGUUCAACAUAUCACUGACCUUGCGAAGUAAGAACGUCGCAGAUCAGACUCAGGAAUGGUGGAUCGUCAACCAGUUAGAGCCCGGACCCUUAAAAAAGGCUUCAAAUAAGAAUGAGUCUGGCCUGGAUCUCUAUGUGUUCAGUGACCAAGUCAGCCCGCCCAGUUUGGGCUUUCUGGCAGGAUAUGGGAUCAUGGGCUUGUACGCCUCUGUGGUCCUGGUCAUCGGCAAGUUUGUGCGUGAGUUUUUCAGUGGCAUUUCCCACACCAUCAUGUUUGAGGAGCUGCCCAACGUGGACCGCAUCCUCAAGCUGUGCACCGACAUCUUCCUGGUCCGAGAGACCGGGGAGCUGGACCUGGAGGAGGACAUGUACGCCAAACUCAUCUUCCUCUACCGCUCUCCAGAGACUAUGAUCAAGUGGACCAGAGAGAAAACGCAGUGAUGGGGGAUGUUAACUAACGAAGCCUGGAGCUUUUUUCGAACAGGAGCCGCUCAUUCAGAAAAACUGGGCGGUCGCUCUGACGGUCUGAGCAGCUAUUUCAGCCAAUUCACCUGCUGAGGGAGCACAAAGUCAGCUGAGGACCAACUGUGUCCUUUUCAACUGAGCUCUGACGGCAGUGAUGCAGCUCCAUGCUAAAAUGCUUGAGAUAUAAACUGGUAUUUUCUACUGUUUACUGUUGAAAAAGAACGAUUGCAGUCAUAUUAUGAACUAUUGAGGACAGAUUUGCUGGUGCUGUAUUUAUCUCGCGUAACCUGGUUCAGCUUGGUAUCCAGUGGGUAAAAUAAGCAGCUGGUGUCCAGUUGGAGGGGGAGAAAUCUUAUAGGACAAUUUUCCUAAGUUAUAAAAAGUCUUAUACUUAUUAUAACGGUAUGUUUUUAAACACAAUGCCCAGAAUCCUCGUUGCUCUUCACGCUCUGCCUCUAACAUUUUCACAAUCGCACUGUAGGCGGAGAGAAACAGACUGCAACAUUAAUCUUUAAGGGCUUCCCACCAACAAAAAAGUGCACAAUAACGACCACAUGAGCACACUCUCAUAUUUUCUCCCGACUGGAACACUUGGACUGUGGGACUGUGCAAUAUUGAGCUCUCGUUCCUCCAAGUUUUCAAAGGAUGUGGAUCGAGGGGAAAAAGGCCGGUUCUGACCAAGAAACAUGAACGUUAAAAAACAACUUUUUUAUUUUAUUUUUUUUAAAGGUCAGAGGCCACAUGGGAGCCCGCUGAGAGACACAGCUCAGCAAACAUUAUCAGACAAUCUUUACUCGCCUUAUUUUGUUUGUAUGAGAAGAACUGUUACCAACUACAUACAUAUCUUUCUCAGGAAGACCUGUUUUCACAGAUAUUCAUUGUAUGAGUCAUAUGUUACAAUAUGUAAGCUUUGAUGGAUCUAAAAGAAUAUGAGACUGUAGCAAAGAUGAACUAUUUAAAUGGCAUGAAAUUUAAUGUGGAUAUUGUUCAGAUGGACUGAUACUGAGUACGUGUACUGCACAGGGAAACAGUUCAAGGCUGUAAUAUGAAAGUAAAUUUAUCGCUGUGGACCGUUUCCUUCACAGAGAUUUAUUGCCAAUCAUCCGUGUUUCUGAAUCAUCUACAGGUUGGCUAGAGUCGAGACCAGCAGAGGGCUGUUUCUGAAUCAGGGUAACGUGCAUUAGGUGGUAGAUUCUUGCACAUCACUUGUGAACCUCUCGCUGUUUUUAACAUUCAUACUGAUGAACACUGUGGCACGUCGCGUGCAUCCGGUCAUCAAGGAAGAAACAAGCAGACACACAAAAAAAGAUUCCUCACGUGAAGGGCUGAAACACGAAGCCCUUUGGUCCAAACUAUGCAUUAGAGGACAUUGUAGCAUGAUAGAAAAAAAAACUUCAUUAUUGCCAUGACUAAUUUUCAUUACAUGUACAUAAAAGUUGAAGAGGGUCAGGUCACGGUGGAUUGAAAUGUGAAAUUGUACCUGUAUGAUUAAGGCAAUGUGGUAUGAUAGAGGUCCAGAGAUCUGCAAAUAAAACAUCUGGAAAGGUGUCGAGUUUUGCAUUCAGCUGCAGUUUGCUUGUGCAGAAGGACUGUGAGUGAGCAGGCACGGAAUCUGUGUGUCGGUCAACAGUGUUUCAAUGACAGCUGCAGCUGACGGAAGAUGAGACCCUGUGAUCUGAAGAUGGCCUCCAUCACCAACCAACUCUGUCAUUAGUCCUAUUUCUUUUACUUAUACUUUAUUUUAAUUUGAAAAUAUCAGUUUCUCUCUCUGUUUUUGUUUGCUCACAUUUUUUAUUGAAGGUGCAACAAUAGUGCAAAGUUACAGCACUCUAAUACACAGUGUGAAUGGACGGUAAAGGAGAAUAAGUGCAUCAGGAAAUGAAUAAAAUAAAAACAAUGUAUAAUAAAUAGGGGAUAUAAGUGGUGACAAUAGGGGAAUAAUCACAUGAAUAUUAAGAGUUGGAGGUACAUUAAAUCAGUGCAGCCCAUCAUAUACAUAUUUGCAUGUACAGUAUAUACUGGACACACAUGCCCGUGCAUGCACACAUCACCAUCGAUCUAGAUAGAUAGAU